CUGGUGGGAGGGAAGAGGUAUGCCGAACCUUGAAUCACCCUCCCGCCCAUGCCGUACGGAAGCAUAGCCACGGCGAGUUUCUAAAUGUCCUGAAAAUCCUUGUCAUCUCUGGGGACGUGGACAACCAUAAGGUCAUUCAGCGACCAGUUUGCCAGGUCUAGGCACUUCCCAGUAUCUCAUUGCCCCCCUAAGUCUGCUAAGCACACAAGCACAUUAUGCACCCACUUCUAGGCGUAGCAGUCAGGUCUGGUUGCCGCCAUGCUAUCAUGGGCGUUUUAACUGUUGGCGUGGGGAAUAUCCUGAUGGUGGGACUGGAUGCACUAGAUGCAAUGGAUGCACUGGAUGCAAUGGAUACUACAGACGUCGUUGGGUCCGGUGAUGCUACAACCCAAUCUUGCGACUACAGUGCCGAUGACAGAUACGACUCUGCUAAUGGGCCGCAUUUUGGGGAUACAGCAGAUACUGGGAAUACAGGAAAUGUGGAGAGAGCGGACGAGGUACACUUUACUGGUGACAAUGACAGUCCCAACGAGCAAACUAAGUCUGAUACUACAACCGACCCCUCCACCGACAAUUCCAACGAUCCCUCCGUCGACAACAAGAGCUCUCCUGAGCAGCAUUCACCAAACGGCUUGGAAGGAAUAUACCAACAAGGCAGAGACACUUGGGGCAAUCCAGUUGCCCAGGGUAGCUAUGGUGGACCUUAUAACCCUCAAACUGGCGCACCUGUGAAUCCUAUAGAUGUCCGGUGGCCUUCUGCCAUAACGGGAAAGCUAUGAUUUGACUAGUUAGAUGCACAGAUUUAUUACACAAUUUGUGCCAUCAGCAGCAGUUUUUAUCUAUGAAAAAUCGGCUCAUUCAACAUGAACAACAAAGUAUGAUUAUUAUUAUUAUGAGAUCUAGGCGAGAAUCUGUGAGUAAAAAGAGGGAGAGAGCAAAG